AUGCCGUCCCACCAUGGCUCGACAGCCGACGACUGGCCUGAGGAUCGGCUCGCCCACGACGGGCCCUCUUCCAGCGGUCAUCAUCACUCCAAUCGGCGCGCCCAUUACCAUGAAAAAGGUCUAAAUACUGGGGUGCGGAUUAUGGACGAUGGCCGUCUCGAUAUCAAAUUCCGCGACCGCAAACCCUGGGUCACCAAGAUCCUGCAACACCUCCAAACCCAACCACCCGAACUCGAGAAAGGCAAGAACAAUUUUUGUAUAAAUGCAGACGAUUGGGACGAGGAACACCAAAGCCCCCUCAAACUCAACAUCGUCAUCCAAGUGGUCGGCUCCCGCGGGGAUGUACAACCGUUCAUCGCGCUGGGCAAGGUGCUCAAGUCCCACGGCCAUCGCGUCCGCCUCGCGACCCAUCUGGCUUUUCGAGAAGUCAUCGAGGACGAAGGGCUCGAGUUCUUCAGCAUUGGGGGGGAUCCCGCGGAGCUGAUGGCGUUCAUGGUCAAGAACCCCGGGUUGAUGCCGCAUAUGAGCACGAUACGAAGCGGGGCGAUCCGACGGCGACGGCGAGAAAUGAAGACGAUAUUCUCGGGAUGCUGGCGGUCAUGCUGGGAAACCGGCGACGGGACAGGCAUGCAUCACAUCCCCGACGAUCCGUGGAGCGAGACGGGCGACUACAAAACCAAGCCGUUUGUGGCCGAUGCGAUCAUCGCCAACCCGCCCAGUUUUGCGCACUUGAGUUGUGCGGAGAAAUUGGGCAUCCCCCUGAACAUGAUGUUCACAAUGCCAUGGUCGGCCACGCAGUCAUUCCCCCAUCCGCUGGCCACGGUGCGGUCGCAAAACACCAAGCCGUCCGCGGCGAACUUUGCGUCGUAUGCGAUCGUCGAAAUCAUGAUGUGGGAGGGUCUGGGAGACUUGAUCAACAAGUUUCGCAAGCGCGAACUGGGGCUGGAUCCGUUGGAUGCUAUCCGUGCGCCGAGUAUAGCACAUCAAUUGCGAAUCCCAUUUACAUAUCUAUGGUCGCCGGCUCUCCUGCCCAAGCCUUUGGACUGGGCCGAGAAUAUCGAUGUGGUGGGUUUCUCGUUUCUUUCUUCAGGGUCCGACUACAAGCCUCCGGACGACCUCGCCUCCUUCCUCAAAGCAGGGCCUCCUCCCAUUUAUAUCGGUUUCGGAUCCAUCGUCGUCGACAACCCAGGCGCAUUGACCAGGAUCGUCUUCGAGGCCAUCAAGGCGAGUGGCCAACGGGCCAUUGUGAACAAGGGCUGGGGGAAUCUCGGAGCCGACGAAAAGGACAUUCCCGACAACAUCUUGAUGAUCAGCAAGGCUCCACACGACUGGCUGUUCCAGCACGUUUCCUGCGUGGUGCACCACGGUGGGGCCGGCACUACGGCCGCCGGCCUGGUGCUGGGCUGUCCCACCGUGAUUAUCCCCUUCUUCGGCGAUCAGCCCUUCUGGGGCUCCAUCGUCGCGCGUGCGGGUGCGGGUCCACAGCCGAUUCCCUACAAACAAUUGACGACGGAGAAGCUCACGGAGGCGAUCAAGACGGCCUUGGAGCCCCCCACCAAAGAAAAGGCCAAGGAAAUUGGUGAGCAGAUGCGCUCGGAACAAGGUGUGCGGAAUGCGGCCAUAAGCUUCUAUCAACAUCUCGACCUGCAGAGUCUGCAGUGCUCAAUCUGUCCCCAUCUUCCGGCCGUAUGGUGGGUUCGGCAUUCUCAUAUCAAGCUCAGCACAUUCGCGGCGGCAGUGUUGGUCGAGACGGGGUUGAUCGACCCACGGAACGUAGUCCUAUACCGGUCGAUCGAAUACGACACGAACCGCGACCCUCGCGGUCCCCUGACCGCCGGCGCGGAGGUUCUCUACGGCAUCGUCUCCGGGUUCGUCAGCGGCAUCGCCGACGUCCCCAACGGCGUGGCAACGAUGUUCUCCACAUCCCGGGAGCAUCGGCACCGUCGCCGGAAGGAAUGGAAGCACGUGCGCGAACUGCAACAGCGGGACGGUGCGUCCCUCUACCAGCGCACGAAGUCCUCUCUUGAUUCCGGGGUGGGGGAAGAGAGCAGCCAACCGAGCCAACGCGACCUCCGGAAAAUGCGCGCUCAAGCGAACCGGCCCACCAACACUGCAAGCCACUCCCGUCUAUCAUCCGACGAGUCCGACGAGGCCUACGUCUCCGCCGAAGAAGACCAUCCCAGCGACAGCGCCAGCGACUCGAGUCGCUCCGACCAUGGCGAAGAGACCAGCCCCCGGACGAGCUCCGGUAGCUCCCAGACCACGCUAGAACCAGACACGGACCCGGUGAUCGGCGAGGAACUCGACCUGGAGCGGACGAUCACCCGGCUCCGCACGCGCGAGGAGUCCGGCGCGAAAGAGUUCUUCGCGGAAGCCACCUAUCACGCCGGGAAGAUGGCCAAACACAUCCUCAACUGGACGAUUAUGAUCCCCACCGACGUGACGCUGAGUCUGUCCAAGGGAUUCCACAAUGCCCCGAAGCUGUACCAUGAUUCCACGGUGGAGAAAACGCCCAAGGUGCUGGGUGUGAGGAGUGGGUUCCGCGCGGCAGGCACGGAAUUCACCCAUGGUUUCUACCACGGUGUGACCGGCUUGAUCACCCAGCCGAUGCUGGGCAUGGAGAAAUCCGGCGGCGGCGGCUUCGUCAAGGGAAUUGGGAAGGGUGUGGGCGGGGUGUUCUUUAAGCCUACUGCCGGCAUCUGGGGCCUCGCAGGAUACCCGCUGGACGGGAUCCACAAGAGCUUGCGGAACUCCCUGGCCAAGAGCAAGACGAAGGAGAUCCUCACCUCGCGGAUCAAGCAGGGCAUCGAGGAGAUGAGUGCCGCGACGCCGCAGCAGCGGGCGGAGGUCAUUCAGCGGUGGAAUCAGCUGGUGAACGAAGAAAGGGGUGCUGGGGUGGAUAGCGGUAGUGUAGAUCCGCAUUCAUGA